AGUAACUAAUAGUAGUAUUAUUACAAUAUGGACGAUUCACAAUAUACAGAUAAUGCAUUGAAGAUCAUUACCAAUGCUUCCAAGUUGGCAGAAGAGAAUUCCAACUCUCAAUUGCUUCCAUUACAUUUCCUUGCAGCUAUGGUACCUACUGAUGAUGAAGAAAAUAGUGUACCAUAUUUGAAAACACUUAUACAAAAGGCCCGUUAUGAAUGGCCUACCUUUGAACGGGUUGUGAAUAAACAAUUGGUACGGUUACCACUGCAGAGUCCUCUGCCAGAUCAAGUGACUCCCAGUUAUGCCAUUGGAGUUGUGUUGAAGCAAGCACUGAAGAUAAUGAAACAACAAAAGGACAAUUACAUUGCACAAGACCACAUUUUAUUGGCCUUAUUGGACGAUUCGCUGGUAAAGGCGGUGUUCAAAGAGGCCGGCAUGAAUGUAGACACCAUCAAGCAACAAGUAAUUGAGCUUAGAGGUCUGCAAAGAAUUGACAGUAGACAAGCCGAUUCUUCGAGUACUUAUGAAUUCUUGAAUAAGUAUUGUGAAGAUUUGACUGAAAAGGCCCGUGAGGGGAAAAUUGAUCCUGUCAUUGGUCGUGAGGAAGAAAUCAGAAGAGUCAUUAGAGUGCUUGCCAGAAGAACAAAGUCGAACUCUGUUCUCAUUGGUGAAGCUGGUGUUGGUAAGACUUCUAUUGUUGAAGGUGUUGCUCAAAGAAUCAUUGACGGAGACGUGCCCAAUGUCUUGAGUGGUUCUCGGUUGUUUGCCCUUGAUUUGGGGGCAUUGACCGCUGGUGCCAAGUACAAGGGUGAGUUUGAAGAGCGUAUAAAAGGUGUCUUGAACGAAAUCGAGAAGGCUAACGAAAUGAUCAUCUUAUUCAUUGACGAAAUCCAUAUGUUGAUGGGUGAUGGUAAGUCUGAUGCAGCCAACUUGUUGAAGCCUAUGCUUGCCAGAGGUUCUCUUCAUUGUAUUGGUGCCACUACCUUCACCGAAUAUCGUAAGUUCAUUGCCAAAGAUGGUGCUUUUGAAAGAAGAUUCCAAAAGAUUGAUGUUCCAGCAAGUACUGUCCCAGAGACCGUUGCUAUUUUGAGAGGUUUGCAACCAAGAUAUGAAAUCCAUCAUGGUGUUAGAAUUUUGGAUAGUGCCUUGGUUACAGCAGCUCAUUUGGCUCUGAGAUAUUUGACUUACAGAAGUUUACCUGAUUCUGCGGUAGAUUUGAUUGAUGAAACAGCUGCCGCUGUGGCUGUGGCAAGAGAUUCUAAACCCGAAGAAUUGGAUAAUUUGGAAAGGGAAUAUCACUUGCUUGAAGUUGAAAUCAAUGCCUUAGAAAGAGAUAAGGAUGCCGAUGCUGAUUCUAAGGACCGUUUGGAACUUGCUCGUAAGAAGAAAGAAUCUCUUGAAGAGGAUCUCGGUCCACUUCGUGAACGUUUCAAUCAAGAAAGAGCCAGUCAUGACCAACUUAUUGCUGCUAAGAGAAAGUUGGAUGAAUUACAUGUCAAGGCACAAAAUGCUGAAAGAGAUCACGACACCGCUACUGCUGCUGAUUUGAGAUACUUUGCAAUUCCUGAAGUGGAAAAGAAUAUAGAAGCACUUGAGGUCAAGGUUGCAGAAGAAGAAGCUGAAUCAGUGGAAGGUCUCUUGACAAACGUUGUUGGAACAGAACAAGUUGCAGAAACUGCUGCCAGACUUACAGGAAUUCCAGUAACAAAACUUACCCAAGCUGAAAACGCCAAGUUAAUCAACAUGGAGAAGGAAUUAUCAUCCGCUGUGGUUGGCCAAGGUGAUGCUGUCAAGGCUGUUUCCAAUGCUGUUCGUUUGACCCGGUCUGGAUUGGCCAAUCCAAACCAACCAGCUUCUUUCCUUUUCCUUGGGUUGAGUGGGUCUGGUAAGACUGAAUUGGCCAAGAAGGUUGCUGGCUUCUUAUUUGCUGAUGAAAGAGCCAUGAUUAGAAUUGACUGUUCUGAAUUGGGUGAUAAGUGGUCUGCAUCAAAGCUUCUUGGUGCCGCUCCAGGGUAUGUUGGUUAUGAAGAAGGUGGUAUCCUUACCGAAGCCCUUUUACGUAGACCUUAUAGUGUCAUUUUAUUUGACGAAGUUGAAAAGGCAGCACCAGAAGUGUUAACUAUACUUCUUCAAAUUUUAGAUGAUGGACGUGUGACCUCCUCUCAAGGUAAACUUGUCAACUGUUCCAACGCCAUUAUCAUUAUGACAUCUAACCUUGGUGCUGAAUACAUCAACGCAGCUAAGGGAACCAAGAUUGAUGAAGCUACAAAGGAACUUGUCAUGACCUCUGUUCGUGCACACUUCCGUCCUGAAUUCCUUAACCGUAUUUCGUCAACUGUCGUUUUCAACCGGUUAUCCAAAAAGGCAAUUGCAAAGAUUGUUCGUAUCCGUUUACUUGAAAUCCAAAAGCGUUUUGAAGCUAAUGGAAAGACCAUUUCAUUGGAUGUCGAUGAUGCAGCCUUGGACUAUUUGUGCCGCGAAGGUUACUCCCCAGAUCUUGGUGCUAGACCUUUGAACAGACUCAUUCAAUCCGAAUUACUUAACAAGUUGGCGGUAUUGUUGUUAAAGGGUCAAAUCAAGGAUAAGGAAACCGCACGGGUUACUGUGGGUAGCAAAGGUUUGGAAGUUAUUCCUAACCAUGACAUUGAAGACGUGGACAUGCAAGAUGUUGAUGUUGAUGACUGGAGAGACAGUGAAGAUGAUGAUGAUGUGGUGGAUUUGGACUAGAUAGUUCAAGUUGUUUAAUUCUUGUUUAUAAUUUAAUACA